AGGGUUAGAUAACUCUACGUAGCAGUUGCGACUGUAGACAUUUCACAACUAAUUAGUAACAGACACUCGAUCUUGAUGGUGCGGUUCCUUAUAAAAGUUGAUGCAAAGCUUAUCGAUUCAACUUGCAAUGGCAUCUGGAAAUGCAUAGAUGUUGCACUGCUUGUGUGUUGGUAGUCUCCAGUGAUGAAUCUGGCUGCGCUAUGUUGUUGAUGGUCACCUUCUUUGCUGAACUCUGCACAUUACUGGCAUACUCGAUGGUUGGCCUCAUUAACGUGGAGUAACACCAAGUCGUGAUGGGAGUUGAGCAUCUACUAAUAUUACUUCCCAGGAUGGCUAAGGAGGAAAGUCACUUUUUGUCUUUGGUCUAACCAACUGAUAUUUGGUCUAACUUUGAAAGGAGUGAUGGUCCUGAAGGUGGAGUUUGCCCUCUUGGUGAUUUUGUCUAGACUAAAUAAACAGCCUUAGUCAGGGGUAAAAAUGUCUGGCCCACCUACCGAAAGUUCUCCACUCACUAACCUGCCAUCAGUUGUUGCAUCAAAGAUCUUGAGCUAUGUACCGUGGCAGGAAAAAAAAGCUGUAGGUCAAGUCAUCACUUCUUGGACUGAAGCUCUUAGAUCUACUGAGGCAUGGCGCUCUGUCAAAUAUGGACCAGAAAUUGAGGAAAAUGUCUACUUUGCCAGGGCAAGUAGGGCUGAUUUUUUGACCUGUGUUAAACAAUAUGGACAUUUCAUGAGAUCCAUCCAUCUGUGUUUUGGCUACUCAAUCACACACACUUCCAUGGAGCCUACUGGAGAACAGAUUUUGAUGUAUGUACAUAAGAGGUGUUGUAAUUUGACUGCAAUUAGUAUAGAACAGGAAGUCCCUGAAGGCUCCCACAAUGCUCUGCCAUUUGGCUGGCCAUCUUCAGUUGGCAAUCUCAUUAAGGAUAUAGCUGUUGACUGUAAAUCUCUGCAAUCUUUGGCUCUCUGUCAGCCUAUUGUUGUUUGGGAUGAAGAAAGUGAAAACAUAUUGUUACUUCUUACUAAAAGUUGUAGUGUAAGUAAAAUCACAGAAUUAGAGUUGACCUACCUCUCACUCUUAAAUCAGGAAGGGAAGCUGCAUUUAUUGAAAAAUUUCACCAGUCUUCAGAAAUUAACUGUCCGUAGAGAAAAAGUGAAUAAGGAAAUUCUUUUGCAUCUUGUGAAACACUCAUUGAAAGAGCUAGUUUUAUAUCAGGAAGAAGAAUUGCCUUUUGAAGAACAAGAAGACCUUGGGGAAGACUUCUGGUUAGAAGUGAAAAAAGUAUGCCCUCAAUUCAAAGUGGACUUAAUUCUGAGAUGUAUCAUGAUACUAAAGAUUCUCUUUCCUUCCAGCAUGCCUGUAAGGAACUUAAUAUUGGAUUUUCUAGUCAAUGUUAUGACAAAAGGAAUUAUGGACCACAUAGCUGAUUGCUAUAGGGACACAUUAAAGAGAUUUACAUACACCAAUUCUUUCUUGGAAGAGCAGGAAAUGGGGGAUGCAAGAGUUCCUGCAUCACUCAUUUCCCUUACCCAAAAGUGUCCCCACCUUGAAACUCUGGAAUAUGGAUUUCCUCUUUCAAGUUCUGCAAUUCUCUUGAUCGCACAGUCAAGAAAACUAAAAAACUUUGUUGUCCCUUCUGUUGAAGUUUCGUACAGUAACGAUAUCCCUGUAGACAACUCCACACCUAAGGCAGCAGAAUACUUCAAUUUGCUGAAAAUUAUUGGAAGUUCUAGAAGAAAUUUAGAAAAAACCGUGUCUCAUAUACUUGAGCAGCAGUGGACAUUACAUGAUGGUCCACUAAAAGUUAAUGAACGAAUCAAAUUCUGAUUGUCUGAUUUUGAAAUAUAUAAAAUUAAAAAGAAAACUUCAUAGUCAUGAA